AUGGUCAAUCCUCCAGAAUCAGAUCUCAGCCGGAGUGCUCGAUGGUUGGUUCCGUUUUGCUUGGUCUUGAUUCCUCUCUGGGUGAGUCUUGUGAACAAGGCUGUCCCCGAACCCUACCUCGACGAAGUCUUCCAUGUCCCGCAAGCACAAGCAUACUGGUCGCAUAAGUGGACACAAUGGGAUCCGAAGCUUACGACACCACCGGGUCUGUAUUUGUGCUCAUACAUCAUCUUCGCUAUUGUGUUGCUGCUACGCGGGUCCCCGACAAAGCUCACUCCGGAUGUCCUGCGCAUGACGAACGUUGGUGCGACGACUGUUAUUUUCCCCUGGAGACUGCAAAAGCUACUUGAUACACUACAGAGAACGACAAAUACUCGACCGCUGGGAGCGAACGUGUCUCAUACCGUGCUGAACAUCUGCUUGUUUCCCCCGCUGUUCUUCUUCUCUGGUCUGUACUAUACAGAUGUUCUUGCUUUGCUGGUUGUUAUGGAGGCGUACAAUUGGGACCUGAAGAGAGAAACAGAGAGAGACCAGCAAAUUGACCCCAGAAAAGACACGAAACAAGCGUCUAGAAAUUGUGUUCUGGAGACAUUGGGAUUUUUGGCUUUCGCGCUGGCUGCACUGGUGUGCCGACAGACCAAUAUCUUCUGGGUCUCCGUUUUCCUAGGUGGACUUCAGGUGGUCCGCAUGAUUCGGAAGUCUGCCGCGCCCUGCAUGUCGUCCAAAUUUUCAACUAUCGUGAAGCAGGGCCUGCAGAAUGAGGUGUAUGAUCCCCUCGUUUCGGAGGCUUCCUUGGAAGAUUACCUGAAGACCACCAUUUCGCUUGCAACUGUCGGCCUGAAGCGGCCUUGUUCUCUCCUCGUUUCUCUCAUUCCCCACAUCAUCGUCCUUGCGGCCUUUGGUGCAUUUGUAAUUUGGAACAACGGAGUCGUCCUAGGCCACAAGGAGUUCCAUGCCGCGGGUAUCCAUCUGGCUCAGAUGCUCUACAUCUGGCCGUAUUUCACCUUCUUCUCAUGGCCUCUCUUCGUCCUUCCUUUGAUCAACAUUCUCGCCAUCAAGCCACUCCCUAAAUGUUUGGAUCUCGGCUUCCCGCCGAAACAGAGGAAGUAUCCCAAGCUCAAAGCAGCCCUGAUUGUGAUCCCGCUUAUGCUUGCCGUGGUCCACUUCAACACCAUUGUGCACCCCUUCACCCUUGCUGAUAACCGACACUAUGUGUUCUACGUGUUCCGCAUUCUUCUACUUCACCCGGCAGUCAAGUACGCUGCAGUGCCAGUCUAUUUCCUCUGUGGAUGGGUCGUGAUCUCCGCCUUUGGAUUUACCACCAUUCAACGUCCGCCCAAAGCCUUGCGAGUUCAGAACUCUCUCCCAGCUGUGCCCCCAACUCCGGCUCCGGCUCCAGCUCCAGCUCCCGCUCCUGCUCCGGCAGCCCAAGAGCCCAAAUCCACUUCGUCUUCUGUGCGCAAGCCUUUACAAGCGCACCAACAGCCGCCAAAGGGAACGAAGAAGCCCAACCGGCCCAAUAACAAGAAGACCAAGAAGGCCGAUCUACCAGCAGAGACCAAGAACACCGACCCAACUAAGCUACCAGCAGAGAUUACGGAUCCAAAUGCUCCCGCGGUCCUAGCUAGGGUCCAGCAACACAUAUUCACGCGGCAGAGAGAGUUGCUAGAGGCGCCGCACGUUAGCUUCGUCCUUGUUUGGCUAGCCGCUACUUCCCUGUCUCUCAUCACAGCACCCCUUGUCGAACCCCGCUACUUCAUCAUCCCCUGGGUCAUGUGGCGUGUGCAUCUUCCUCCUCUGCCAUGUCUGUUCAGGGACCGAGAAACUCGGCCCCGCACAGAGGAAGCAAAGCGCCGCUAUGACCUCAUCGUCAACUCACCAAAGUUCGUGGAGACGGUCUGGUUCUUGAUCAUUAAUUUGAUCACUGGGUAUGUCUUCCUGCACAAGGGCUUUGAGUGGCCGCAGGAGCCUGGCAAGACUCAGCGCUUCAUGUGGUAA